AUGAAAAAAGUCUUCUUAACACUUCUUAUAAUUGCAGUAGCUAAUGCAAUAUAAGUAGAAAUGAAAACAUAAAAUUUAAAAACUCGAGAAAGAAGUAACACUUUAUAUAUAUUUCAAGGCUUAAGUUUUUAGGAAGCCAAUGAUAUUAAUACAUCAAAGUUUACAUGCUAAAUGAGGUUCGAUUUCUAUGAUUACACCAUCGUAGAGUUAUCUAAGUGGGCUGAUAUUGUUGAACAUAAGGAUUAAUUAUAGAAGGAUAUAACAAUUAUUGACCAAAUCGCUAAAUUAGUGGAAAAAGCAAAGCAAAUUGAUGAUGUUUAAUAAUAAAGUAAGUAUUGUAAAUAUUUAGAAAUGUUCUUGCAAAUUACAGGAAGUUUAUCGAGUUCAUUAUUGGACAUGUCACUUGCUUAAUUAAAUCAUUAAUGGGCAAGAGGAAAUCUAGAUUAAUGCAUAGAAUAUAUGAGAUAAUUCUAAAAUACUUAAAGCUAUGAUGAACGUGUUGCUAUGGCAAAUAAAAUUGAAGAUUAUUUAUAGAACAUGAGGUAUUAAAUAAAUAGAAAUUUAAACGAAUGCUCUUAAUAUCAAUAGCCUACAAGGUUACGAGAAAAGAUAAGAGAUUUGUAAAUGAAAAAAUAGGAAUGCUAAUAUAAUCAUAAUAGAGUUGAUAGUUGGGAUGAUAAUAAUUAAAACUAAUAUGAAUACCCUUCUAACUAAGGUUCAAUUCCUUAAUACUAAAUACCAAAAACUUCUAGGUAGGAAUCAUAAGGUCCUUAACCUAUCCUUUAUAAUGAUGAUGAAGUCUGUCCUUAAGGCGAAGAGGAUGAUACACCCUAAAAUGCUAACGAAGAGGAAAGUAAUGAUAAAUAAAGAAAUACAUCAUCAUCUGAGGAGGAGGAGGGGGAAGAGGGUGUAGAAAUAGAACCAACCCCAGAUAGUAAUAGAAUUGAUGGAGAAGAAGAUGAUUUAGAAUUAGAUUCCAAAAAAAAAAAACCAAGAGAAAUAAUAAUAGAAAGGGAAUUUGGACCAGAUUCUGGACAUCAAAAUAAUUAUGAUGAACCUGAUUUGUGUGUUAGUGGAGAGGAAACUGAGGUCGAAUCAGAUAUUAAUGCAAAUGAUUAGUCAGACCCUAUUUAGUAAGAUAAAGAAAUACAAAAACCAUAAGAAGAAUAAGAGGAAGAAGAAAAACCAUAAGAAGAAAAAGAGGAAGAAAAAUAAUAAGAAAAUUAAAAAGAUAAGAAUCUUCCUUUGGAAAUUCCUCCAGAUGACGAUGAAGAAGUUGUUGAAGGAGAGAUAGUAAAAGCAGAUGGAGUAGGAGCUUCUACAGAUGGUAGGGUAGGAUCAUAGGAGAAUAAUAGAUAAACUUAGCAAUAGUAAAAUAAUAGAUAGGAAUAAGUAAAAUCAAAUGAUUAGGUUUAGUAAGGAGCCAAACAAUAAGAUGAGGCUAAAACGACACAAGAAUAAUAAAAUACACAAUAGUAAAAUAAUGAAGAUGCAGGAGAGGAAGAUAUUUAUGAAUAAAUUGAAGUAGAGGAACGUGAUGGUAAUGGAAAAGUCAAAAAAGUCAUGAAAACGGUGAAAAGAAGAGUUAAAAAAACUAAAAAGGUAAGUGGAUCUUCUGGAUCUUCAUCCUCCAAAUCAUCAAAAUCUUCAAGCUCUGCUAGUGGAUCAAAAUCAUCAUCUUCCUCAUCAUCCUCUUCCUCAUCAUCAUCAUCAUCAUAAUAAUCAUCAGCCUAAGGAUCGUCAUAAACGUCAGCAUCAUCAUAAUAAUCAUCAGCCUAGGGAUCGGCAUAAACGUCAUCAUAAUCAUAAUAAUCAUCAGCCUAAGGAUCGGCAUAAACGUCAGCAUAAUCAUCAGCCUAAGGAUCGGCAUAAAGGUCAUCAUAAUCAUCAGCCUAAGGAUCAGCAUAAACGUCAGCAUCAUCAAGUUAGUCUACAACUAGUAGCAGUCAAUCUAAUAAAGCUGUAGAAGGUAGUUCAUCAAUUUCAAGCUAAUCUACUCAAUCAAAUGCUUCUGUUUCCAAAGUUAACUCUUCACAAGAAGGAGAUGAUGCAGGUGAGGAAGAUAUUUAUGAAUAAAUUGAAGUAGAGGAACCUGACGGUAAUGGAAAAGUAAGAAAAGUCGUGAAAACUGUGAAAAGAAGAGUUAAAAAAACUAAAAAGAUAAGUGGAUCUUCUGGAUCUUCAUCCUCCAAAUCAUCAAAAUCUUCAAGCUCUUCUAGUGGAUCAAAAUCAUCAUCUUCCUCAUCAUCCUCUUCCUCUUCCUCAUCAUCAUCAUCAUCAUCAUCAUCCUAAUCUUCAUCAUCAUCAGCAUAAGGAUAGGCAUAAACAUAAGCAUCAUCAAGUUAAUCAACUCAAUAAGUUACUUCUGCCUCUAACUCUAAUCCUCCAUAAGAUGGAGAUGGCGAGGAAGAUAUUUAUGAAUAAAUUGAAGUAGAAGAACCUGAUAGUAAUGGAAAAGUAAGAAAAGUCAUAAAAACUGUGAAAAGAAGAGUUAAAAAAACUAAAAAGAUUAGCGGAUCCUCUGGAUCUUCUUCCUCCAAAUCAUCUAAAUCUGCAAGCUCAUCUAGCUCUUCCAGCUCCUCUAGUUCAUCAAGCUCAUCAAGCUCAUCCAGCUCAUCAGGGUCAUCCAGCUCAUCAAGUUCAUAAAGCUCAUCUAGUCGAACUGCUGCUGGAAGUACAUAAAAGUAAGCAGAUUAAGACUAAUAAAAAAAUUAGAAGGUUAGUUAAUCUGUAGCUGAUAGACUAACUUAAAAAUAUUCUGAAGCUGAAUAAAGAGAAUAAGGAUAAGGAUAAGGGUCAAGCAGCAGUUCAAAAAGUUAGUCAGUUGCUACUGGAGGAUAAAGCAGUAGUAGUACUUAAAAAGGAAGUUAAAGUAGUAGUUAAAGCUAAAAAUCUGAAUAAAGUUAAACUACUACUAAAUAAUCUUCAUCCUCAACAUCAAGCAAUAAAAAAAAUUAGUCCAAAAGUUCUUAAGGAUAAAGUAACAAUAAAUAAAAGAAAAAGGUUGUGAAAACUGAAGACGGAGAAGAAGUUUGGGAAGAAUUUUCAGUAGAGGAAGUGACUGAAUAUACAAUAGAUUCCGAUGGGAACACACACGUUAUUUCUUAAACAAGUACAUAGGUUCCAAAAACAAAGGCAUACUUUUUAAAUUCAAUUGGAGACUAAUAAAUCAAUCUUGAUAUUGAAGAAAAUAAUGAUGAUGCCCCUAAUGUUUCAUUAGAGGAUGCAAGAAAUGAAUCUUUUUCUAAUGAAGAUUCUAUAAAUUAUUAGGAUCAAUUAUCUGAUGAUUAUCUUUACGAAAAAGAUGGAGAUAAUUAAGAUGAAACUCAAUAUGUAGAUGAAGUCUAAUAGGAAAAUGACCUUGUUAAUUAAAAUGAGUAGACUGGAGAAAUAAGUUAAGAUGUUUAAUUCGAUUAUCGAUAAGAAUACAUCUAUUAUGAAAUAUAAGGGGAUUAAGUAAUUUAUUAUGAAUAUGAUCCUGAAAUUAGAGCUUAUCAUAGAGUAAAUAUGAUUGAUCCAGAAUAAAAAAAUUCGCUAAUCAUACAAGAUUCAUAAUUUGAUGAUUUAUUAGAUAGUGUUAUGGAUGAUACUAAAGAUUAGAAAUCAUUGCCAACAGAAUAGAUUAGUGGAUAAGAAACAACAAAUAAAUAAGAUUAGUAAAAUUAAAAGAAAGAAGAAGUACCAAAAAAAGAAGUUGCAGAUGCUUCGAAUAAUUAAGAAAAAUCCUCUGGCGUUUAAAUCAAACCUAAUGAUAAUAUAGGCCAGCCUACUAAUAGUGAAAAUAAAUAAAAUUAAUAAAGUGAUAUUUAAAGUGCAGAAGAAAAAUCUUAAGUAAAAGUAGAUUAAAAGCCUGAGCAGGAUCAAAAUAGUGUGAAAAAAGAAGAGUAAGGUGAAUAGAAAAAAGAAAUUAUUGAAAGUGUUGUAAAUUAAAUAAAAGAAGAAAAAGUAAAAAUAGAUGGUAUAAGUGUUGAGAAAAAAGAAGAAGUAAAGGAUGAUAAAGAAAAAUCUUUAAAAAUUCAAACAUUGAAAGAAGAGUUCAAUCCUAAUGAACCAACUUAAUAUGAACCUCCUAAACAUAAGGUAAAUACUAGACCAAAAACAGAAAAAGUCAAUGUUCCAGUUUCAACAAAAUAUGCAAAAUCCUCUUAUGAUGGAGAAGUAGUAGAAUAAUAUGAAUUUGCAGACAGAGAGCUACUACAGGAUUCUGAUGAAUAUGGAUAUGGAUUUUGGAUGAGGUACACUUCAAAUGCGCCUAAAGUGCAUUAAAGAAAACCAGAAACCUACUACUUCCUAUCUCGACUAACUUCAAAUCAAGAUUAUAAAGACUUAACCUAUUAUGGGGACAGAACUUUAGCUAUUUUUAUGAUAGAGAACUCUUUUAUUUUCUCAACCUACGAUCAUUAAGAAAAGAAAAAAGUGAAAGAUUAGAUUGUGGCUUUAAAUGAAGACUUAGACAGCAUGUGGUAUUUUAUCACAUUCUCUUACAGUACAGCUAAGAAAGCAGCAGUUGGGUUUGUUGUUGGUUAUGGUGAUAAUAAUAAGGUUCUAAGAAGUGAAAUUACAUGCAGACAUGUCCCACCUUAGUACUUUAAGCUUAUGAUUGGUGGAAAACACAUGACUUAUGAAGGAUUAAAUGGACAAUUUGCAAACAUCUUCUAUGAUAUUGAUGCACCAGCAUUUAUCGAUACUGAAGUUAAAGUUAGAGAGAUCAUUAAAACUAUUUCAAACGUUCCUUAAUAAGUUACAAAUUUAAUAGAUUUAGAAGUAAUUACAAUUCCAAAAUUAUUUAAUGCAAACACUGCAAGCGAUUCUGUUAUUCUAGAUCCUUAGGAGUCUUAGUUGAUUAUUGAGGAGUAUAGUGUUGCAGCAUGGUUUAGAUGGAUUGAUGAUUUGAAGGUAGAUAGUGAAAAUAUGUUCUAAAUCUUUAAUUUAAGAUCUAACGAAAAGAAAUCUUAAGGAAAAGGAAUAUUAGGAGAUAGAUCACUCGAGAUGCAUUAUAUUUUUGGAGGAGGAUCAAAGAGCUCAGUCUACUUUAAUACUUAUACAAUCGAAGGCAAUAAAGCAAAAGGAUCAAUAUACCUUUCCAAAGCUGUUUAAUCCCCUAACUACUUAUGGCACUAUGGUUAUAUGGCUUAUGAUAAUGACAAAAUGAAAGUGUAUGGAGCUUUAAUUAGACCAGGCAAAUCUGAUGAGAUUACUUUUGAUCCAAUCCAACAUAAAUUGAUAACAAAAUUGUUUUUCACUUUAGGAGGAGAUGAUUAAAUAUCCCCAUUUAAUGGAAAAAUUGGAUAUGUAGGAGUUUACUUAGGGCCAGGAGCAUAUAGAUAAGCACUUAAUUUUGGUUAACAAUUUUACUAUGGAGAUGGUGCAAUGAAUGUAUUUUAAUUAAUGAAACCAAUAUAAUAUAAAGAUGAUGCAACUGAACCUAAUGUCGUUAGAGAUUGUUAUUAUGAUGCUGAAAGUGCAUUAGUAGACAAGAUUCUCAUUCAUGACGACUCAAAAUUAAGAAUAAAUGGUUAAAGUGAAUAUUCAUUUGGAAUGUGGACUAGAUGGUUGAGUACAAUGCCAAAAUAUUUAGUAUAACGAGGAGCAGUUCACAACAUUGCUAGAUUUGGUACACAACCAUAUCUAAUCGAAUAAGUUGAUGGAAAAUUAAAAAGAGCAAAUACAAGACCAUAAACAAUUAAGGAUCAAACUUUGGCUGUGACUUUAAGCAAAGAAGCAUAUGAAUUCUAUACAUAUAGUGCUAAGGAUGAAAUAUAGUUUACAAAAUUAGAAGGUUGGUGGAAUUAUAUCUAUUUUGGAUACAAAAGAUUUGGAGAUAAGGGCACAGCAAGAGGAUAUGUUCAAUUUGGAGUAGACGGAGAGAUUAAGGAAGUUUCUUUUGAUAUUUUCCACGAUUAUAUAGUAGAAUACGUUGAAUUUGUUGUUGGUAAGUCUUAGGCUCCAUUCUUUAAUGGUUAGAUGACCAAAAUAUAAUGUUCAAUUGGACCUGGAGCAUUUGUGUCAAGUGCUGAUGACCUGAGAUUAUAUACUUAAAAUACAUUACCAGAAAAAGCUUAAAUACAUCCAGUCUCAAGAUAAACUCAAUAAUUAAUUGGAACACCAGUGAGUGAGCCAACAAAUACAUUUUAAUUUGAUAAAUUUUAAGGAUCUCUUGAGUAUGCUAUCUCUGGGUGGGUUAAAUGGAGUGGUUUAUAACAAUUGGGAAAGGUUUCUCACAUUAUCACAAUGGCUUAGAAGAGAUUGGCUGAUUUGGAUGGUAAAAACGAGGAAACGCUUAAGAUUCGUAGAUCUGAUUUAUCAUAUGUUUAUUCUACAUAUCAUUGUAAAGGUGAAGAUUGUUCUUAAAUAAUAAAUAAGGAAUAAUAAUUUGGUGAAUAUUGGGAUUAAUGGACUUAUAUUUAUUUUGGUUAUUCGAGUCCUUUAAAGAAAGCAUUUGGUUACAUCAAAUAUACCUUUUCUGAUGAUAAGUUUUUGUUGGAAGACAUUAAUCAUUUUUAUCUUGCUGUAUUCAGCAUAAUAAUCGGGAAUGAAAAAGAAAAGUUUUAAGGAUAAAUGAAAACUUGGGUGAUUAAUAUUGGAGAAGGAUCUUUUAGAGAAGGUGGAUUUGAAAGUGACGAGAAUAUCAAAGUCCAUUUCGGCUUUAUUAGUGGAACUGAUCACAUUAAAUUGUAGUAGGCAGGAUAAGAAGCUCACCGUGAAGAAUAAGUGCUUGAAUGUUCGGCAAAUGGAAAAGAAGUUCCUUUGCAUGUUUAAUUUGAGCAAAAUGAUAAAUUGCACCUUUAAGGAGUCAGUGAAUAUGGCUAUGGAUUUUGGUCCAGAUUUUAACAUUUUGCAAAUAAGGGAGUUUUAUACUAAUAGCCAUAAUGGAUGGGUAUGGCCAGAUUGACAAGUUAAAAGGAUUAUAAGGAUUUUGAUUAACCAGGAGAUAGAGUUCUAUUAGUUUUGAUGGGUAAGAAUGUUUAUCAUUUCUCAACCUACAAUGUCUAGCCAGCUUCAAAUAAUGUAAAUGGAAAUAUACCUUAUGGAUUGGAAUCUGAAAGCGAAUGGACUUAUGUGUAUUUUAGUUAUAAAAGGAUUUCUUAGACACUUGGACAUGCAGUAGCUUUCACUUCCUUUGGAGAAGUAACUCCUGGAAUAUAAAUGGAUGUAUUGCACAACUUACUCUAAAAUUAUUUACAAUUAACAAUAGGACAUGCAGGGAAAUAUUAUCCAAACUUUAAUGGACAGAUCACAACGGUGAGAUUCAAUUUAGGACCUGGAGCAUUUAUUGAAAACACCGCAGGCAUCAUGGCUAGAAUUAAGAAUAAGGAUCCAAAACCAGAAAUUCUAUCAGUUCCUAAAACCUAUGAAAUAUUUGUGGGUAAAUAAGAUGCUCAAAAACUGAAAAUCGACAAUCCACUAAUUAUUGAAUAAGAAGCUAGAGAAUAUUCAGUUUAAAUGUGGUUCAGAUGGUUCAAAACACCAGUAAAACCCAACUAGGUGAUUUAUAGACUCUCAUCAAAUAGAGCUGAAAAUGAUGCCUCAAAGAUUGGUGAUAAAGUAUUAAUGUUAUCUCAUAUUGGAACUGCCUUAUUUAGUACUUACACUUUGCAGGAUGCAGCUAUGAAUGUUCCUUUCGAAUGCAAUAUUCCAAAAUAAUAACUUGAAAUUUGGACUUUUGCUUAUUUUGCUUAUUCGAAGAAAGAAAGAAAAGUUCAGUAUUAUUUGAAAGCUGAUGCUCAUGAAAAUAAGGGUUUGGAACCAAUUCUUCAUGCCGUAACUUCAAAGUUUUGGUUGUAUGUAGGAAGGGAUGGCAUCUUAGAAAAUUUCAAUAGUAGAGUUGCAUAAUUAACAUUGAAUUUUGGUGAAGGUUCCUUCAGAAAAGAUAACUUUUUGUAAUUGCCAGUAUUCAUAAUGUCUACUAAAUUAUUCUCAUAAGAGAAAAAAAAUACUUGGGAAAAUGCAGCUAAGCUCGUUCUUGGUUAGCCUUAAACAAUUAAAUUCAUUGAUGAACCAGAUAAACCAAUUGAAUCGAUGUAAGAAUACAGCGUAGGGUUUUGGUGCAGAUUCUUAUAAGCAUGGCCGGAAAGGUUGUUUAGAUUACCUUAAGAAAUGUAAUUAGUUAGAUUGACUUCAAAUGAAUAAAUAGAAGUAGGAAAGGUGGCUAUGGGAGAUAGAAUCCUAGCUUCUCAUAUUAUUUAAGGUCAUUAUUAAUUUUCAACUUAUGAUUUGAAUGACGAUGCACCUAAUGAACUAAGAACUAUAGCUUAUUCUAAAUUGGAGGGAUAAUGGAAUUAUGUCUACAUGGGUUAUUAGAGGGCUAGCUAAUUGGCUUCCUAUUUUGUGUAUGACGGUAAAGAGGUCUAGCAAAUUAAAAAUUAAGAUUUGCUACAUAAGCCUUUAGGAGACUUUGUAAUUUUACAUAUAGGAGGUGAACCCGAUAUUCCAGGAUUUUAAGGAUUAAUGAGCAAAAUAGCAGUCAAUUUUGGGGUAGGAUCUUUCUUUGGGUUGGUUGAGGAAGUAAAGAAAACAAUAGAUAAUUCUUUUGCACUUGAAUAGUAAUUGACUGUAGACUAUAUACAUAAGUAGAAACAUGGACAAUAAGAAUUAAUUGGCAAAAUGGAAACAGUCACUGAUGAUGUUGGUGGUACAGAAUUAAGAGGGGAUACUUGGUCAUCUGUUGGCGAGUAUUCAAUCAGUGGAUGGUUCAAGAUAGCUGAAGUUAAGGGAUAGAAUGCUAACGAUUGUCAGAUAUUAUUUAGAGUUACUAACAAUGAUAAAGAGCAUUUGAAUGACAAAAGAAUUCAAGGAGAUAGAACACUUUAUGCUUCUGUUUGUGUAGAUUCGAUUAAAUUAUCUACAUACACAAUUAAUGGAUUGAAAGAUUGGAAUGAAGCCAAGUACUUGGAGGAAAAGAUAGAAUUAGGUCAUAAUAAAAAAGCAUGGAUAUAUAUUUAUAUGGGUUACAAUGAAGAUUUAUAGGAGGUACAUGCAUUACUUCAUUUAUUCGAUGACGAUAAACCAUUUAUAUUUAAGGGAAUCUAACAUUACGUACCAUUUUACACUGGAAUCUAUGUAGCAAAAGAUCCUUUCACUAAAAGAUUCUAAGGAGAUCUUUAAAAUUGGGUAGCCUAAUAUGGGUUAGGUGCUUUUGUAAGUGUCUAAAAGAGAGGAUAUGAGGAUACAUUGCCAAAUUACAGAGCAUUGGCAACUAAUCAGAAAUAUAUGUGGUUUUAUAAAGACGAAGGAGUAAUUGAAACAGAAAAGGCUAUAACUUAAGUUUUCACAACUGAAGUUGAAUCUGUUGAUGAAUAUUCUAUUGGAGUUUGGACAAGAUGGUUAAUAUCGUUUCCAACUACUCUUACUGAAAGAUAAGAUAGACAUAACAUUUUUAGGCUCUCAUCUAAUAAAGAAGAUUAGGAUAAGAGUGAAUUAGGGGAUAGAGUCUUGACAGCCUUCUUAACUCUUGGGAACUAUGAAUUUAGUACUUAUGAUGUAUUAAAACCAUCAAACGCUGUUGAUGGCAAAUUACCGUACACAGAAUUAGAAGGAGCAUGGACCUAUGUUUAUGCAGCUUAUAAAACUGGAUAAUUCUAUGGAAUGGUCUUGUUUAGAGAAUAAUAAAAGGCUUAACAUAUUGAAUUAUAAGUCUAACAUAGAGCUUUAACAGGAUAUGCUAAGUUUGUUUUGGGAGCCAAGGAAUUUGGGUUUAGAGGAUUUCAUGGAUGGCUAUUUGAUCCAAGAAUUUUCCUUGGUUAGGGAUCAUUCAUUAGUGAAAGCUAAAAAGUAGUUGAUAUGGUACUCAAAUUGCAUCGUAAAUUACCAGUUCAACCUCUCGAUGCUGAAGAUUUUAAAUGGCCUGUCUAAAUUAUUGAUACUACACUUCAAGAUGACAUUAAUGACAAAAAAGAUAAAUUCUCAUUUGCUUUCAAUGACAAACCUGGUUUGGUAGAAUAUUCAUAUGGAUUUUGGAUGCAAAAUUCUGUUUUAACUCCUGAAUUAAAUGAUGAAUUCAGAGGUCUAGUUAGGUUGUCUACCAACAAUGAAGGAUCUGAUGAAAGAUAUAUUGGUGAUAGAACUCUAGCAGUUUUUACUAAAACUGAUGAAAUAAUUGCUAGUACUUACACACUCAAAGAUCCUACAUUUGAACCAGUGAGACAUACUUUCAAACUAAUACCAUAUUAGUGGACAUUUGUUUACUUUGGUUAUAUUCCAGGAAAUGCUAGAGCAUAUAUUUUAGGAAUCAAGGGACCAACAGAAUAAAUUCUGAAUGUUAGACAUGCCAUUCCAAAUGGUUUCUAUUUAAAUGUAAUUAAAGAUUAGUCUCAUCCUCUGUUUUAUGUAUCUAAUUAUCAAUAUAUUUUAGGGAAAAUUCUAUGGAUUAAAACUGUUGUUUGGAUAAGGCAGCUAUUUGGCGAAUCCUUAAGAAAUGAUAGAAAAAUGGCCUUAUGAUCCUAAAGUACUACCACCAGCUCCAAAAUAAGAGGAAAAGAUAUUAUCACUAAAUUCAGCUAAAGUAGAUAGAGCUUAAAAUAAAGAUCAUGAGUAAUUUCAUGAAUGA